GAGAGACCAGCAGGAUAGACUGUCGUGACCUACAGCACGAGAAAUGGCCGCGGAAGGCCUUCUCGCCGAGUAUCCAGAGCUGCGGCCGUUCGUCCUCCCCAACGUGCGACUCACUGGCAUCAGAAUCGGCGCCGGAGCCUAUGGCAGCGUGGAGGAGGUGGCCGUGCCUGGGGCCAUCUGCGCCGCCAAAAAAAUCCACGACAUCUUCCUGGACCGCUCCGAGAUCCCCGCGGCCGAGAUCCGCAGAGCCACGUCCCAGUUCGUGAGGGAAUGUCAGCUUAUGAGCACCCUCGGCCACCCGAAUAUCGUCAAGUUUCUGGGCGUCGCCUUCUUUCCCGGCUCGCGACUGCCAGCCCUCGUCAUGGAGCGACUGCUGACGAGUCUUCACGACUUGCUGGACCCAGAAACGGACCCGCCCCCCCCGCCCAACACGCCCAAGCCGUUCUUCCCGCUCAGCCUAAAGUGCUCGAUCCUGCACAACGUGGCGUGCGGUCUAGCCUACCUCCACGAGCGAUCACCGCCCGUCAUCCACCGCGACUUGUCGGCCAGAAACGUUCUCCUGAACUCGGGGAUGGUGGCCAAGAUCGUGGAUUUGGGCGUGGCUCGUAUCGUCCCUCGUAUGAGAACUGCAGCCACCAUGACAAAGGGACCUGGGGCCUCAGUCUACAUGCCUCCAGAAGCCAGUGCUCCUGCUAAAUCGAAUGCCCAAAAGUCGAAAUACGAUGCCAGUAUCGAUGUCUUCUCUCUUGGAGUAGUUGCCAUUUUCACAAUCGGUGAGGUCUUCCCCUGCGAUCCCGUUGCUGCAACCUAUCUCGAUGAAGAAACUGGGGUAGUCAUGGGUCGCAGUGAAUUGCAGCGACGCGCUGAGUACAUGCGACACGUGAACGAGCAACUCCGUGCCUGUGGCCAGCUCCGUGGGGACCACCCUCUCAUUCGGCUGAUCCAGCAAUGCCUGCACAACGGUCCUCACAAACGUCCGAGCAUUCGUGAGGUGCUGCGUCUGUUGGAGGAGGCCAGAGCUGGAGCCAGGGACAGCGGAUGGGAAGAGGUGCAAGCUGCUCAGACCCAGCCCAGGAACCAGGCCAAGGACAGGGAGCUAGCUGAGGCUCGGCAGCAACUGAGACGGAAGGAGGAAGAGUUAGCUAGACAAGGAGCAGAGCUGACAAGAGCAGAGGAGACUAUCAGGAGAGAACAGCAGCAACUGAGACAGAAGGAAGAAGAGCUCCAAUCCAGUGAGAGAGAGAAACAGACAGUCAGACAACAGCUCAUCAGCUCACAGAGACGGGAGACUGAGUUAGUGCAGGCCAAGGACAGGGAGCUAAGAGAGAAGCAGACAGUGAGAGAUGAGCUAACAAGGAAGGAGAGAGAGUUAGCUGAGACUCAGCAGCAACUGAGACAGAAGGAGGAACAGCUGCGAUCAAGUGAGGCUCUAGUGGCUGACUUCCAGAAGGCCCUCCAGCAGAGAGACUCAGAGCCAACUCAGAGGACAAAGACCCAGUCUAGUCUUCUACCAACAGCUGUACCACAUUCCACACCAGUCAAUAUUAAACCCAGAAAGCUCACUGUGCAGUGUCAUCGUAAGAAGACAGCACCAUGUGAAUGAUCAGAGGAUCUGCAACAACUGAUGGUCGAUUUGCAUACUUCACCCACGUGACUCCAACUCAGUCUACCAAUAUGAAUGUAGUACAGAGAAAUGGGAGGAACUUCCUUCAUGUCCAUAUCAGAACUCUGGACUAGUCAUCAUUGACAGGGAACUAACUGCUGUGGGGGGAGAUGAUGGAUAUCGUCGUACUAACAAACUAUACACACUACGACAGAGGAAAUGGGUUGAGAAAUACCCUCCAAUGAACACUGCACGUUCCACACUGCUGUAGUUAGUACAUCUGAUGGCGAAUACCUCAUUGUGAUUGGGGGGUAUGUGGUGGUGUUUAGUUGGACUGCUACAGUUGAACUAUUUCAAGUGAAGAGCAGAAGAUGGUACCAACUAACAGACUUACCACAACCUCUCCCUCCCUUCAGCCACAAUAUGUGGUGAUCUAGUACAUGUGGUAGGAAGUGGUGCUGACGGCUACUCGUGUUCUCUUGCAGCUCUACCAUCCAGUGACAAACCAAUCCCACCACAGUCAAUACCACACCUCAUAUCAUGGAAACCUCUCCCUCCUCUACCAGUGAAAGACUCAACAGCUGCCACUCUCUGUGGACAGCUAGUACUCAUUGGUGGC